AUGUCAAUAAAGGAUGGCAGUUACCUCAAGUGGCCACCCAAGAUGUGGGGAGAUCCGACAACUAGAAACCCGAACAUCUACUAUCACUUCCAUCAUGACUUCGGGCACACCACUAAGAAUUGUUGGAACCUAUGCGACGAGAUUAAGGAGUUGAUCCGCCGCGGCUAUUUGAAGCAGUACAUCCAGCGGGAUGGUAGGGAGUUGGGAGAUCUUCAAGCCGACCAAAGAAGAAAUGCUCCGGAGUCGAGCAGAAGAAACAGCUCAGUUCGGGAGCUUGAGCAUGAAGCAAGAAACCCACCGAAGAGGCCUCGGAUCGAAGAGCCCAUCUAUUUCACCGAGGAUGGCGCUCGUGGGAUACAGUAUCCGCACGAUGAUGCCCUCGUUGUCAAGCUAGUAAUCAACGAUUUCAAAGUAAAGAAGAUAUUGGUGUACUUAGGGAGUUCUACGUAUAUCCUUUUUCUGGAAGCUUUCGAGAAGCUACAAUUACAACAAAGUGAUAUGCAGCCAGCAAACUCACCUCUGGUAGGAUUCAGCGGCAAAGUAGUUAGGCCCCUUGGACGAAUAAUGGUGCCAGUUGCAGCGGGAACAUGGCCCAACCUCGCACGCUCGAGCACACCUUCCUUGUAG